AUAAUUAAUUUUAAGUGAUGUAUUAUUCCAUUUAAUCAAGCGGAUAUUAAAUGUUUAAUGAAUAUGGUGGGAAAAAUGGGAUUUAAACAGAAUUACAUGAAACAUUCUUAAAGUAAUAAAAAACAUUAUUAAUUAGUGAUUAUUAGAUAAUAUAUGUUGGAUCAUAUAAUAAUGGAAUAAAAUCUGGUUAAUGGGAAAUCAAAUAUAGGGAAAGUAAUACAGAGGAAUUCAUCAAAAUGUAUGUAAUUGUAUUAUUAGUGGUGAGGGAUAAUAUGAUGAAAAAGGAUUGAAAAAAGGUAUAUGGAUUGAUAUAGAUGAUGAUUUCCAUAAGUAUUAUUAGAAUAAAAUUUAGUUAUAACAAACAAAUGACUAUUGGAUUAUAUAUUUCAGGAGAAAAAU